GUUCUAUUCAUCAGCUCAGCCACUGAAGACGGACGCAACUAUAAGAGGAAGCAAUGAAGGCGCACACUCACACAUGCUUGAAAAACUUCCAGAUAACACAGGAACGCAUAGGUCUAACUGUUUGCACAAUAUUAUCUGAGUGUAAACUGGUAAAGCUGAGAAAGGAAGACUGAAGUGGUGCAAACGUCUGUAUAAGGCUGGACUGCUAAAACGCAGAGUGCACACAGGUGUUUUCACUUGCCUCAUUACACCUGGUUCACAGUCAGUAACCACCCAUUGUGAAGUUACUGAAAACAGUGGAGGAGAUUUUCUCCCACUUCUGCUCAGUCUGUGUUUGCGGUUGGCAAAGAAGUGAAGGAAAGAAAACAGGUAGAGGGAGGAGUUGGGACAGUUGAGAAGGUUUAGAGAAAGUAAAAUUCAGAUUUCUUUCUCUCCGGCUCCGUUGCCCAUCAUGGCAGUCUUGUUCAUGGUGGCGGUGGUCAUCUCCCUGCCAGGCCUCAUUCAUAGCUUCCAACCACUCUUCUCAUUUGAUGGGAAUUCCACCACUCACCGUGACAUCACACAAAGGGCAGUCCUCAGAAAGACAGCUGAGGUCUGCAGAGAUAUUGCUGCUUCUGAGGGACGGGACUUCAGCCUGAUUAUUGAUGACAGCCUGUCAGCUGACAAUGUGCAAAGGGCCUGUUCCUCUACAGGUACCUCCACCUUUCUCCUCUCCACUGUCAUGUUCAGAACUUCUAUUGCCAAUAUGUACUUCAGCAACGCAAAAGUGGACGUGGUAUAUGCGCUUAGUGAGGAGCACCAUUUUGAUGAUGAGACCUUCCAGGGAGGACGGGAUGUCAUUACAGCAGGUGUGUCUGCCGUGAAGGCCAGUGUGAAGCUGGAGAGCUUUGUUGCAGGGAGGUGGACUCUUGGAGGAGUCUUUCAUACCCUACAGGAUUUCUACAGCCACAGUAACUGGGUGGAACUAGGGAACAAUGCUCCUUUCAGCACUCUGAUCAAACCAGACCAACCUCUGGAGAACUUGGCAGGCCUAAGCACACCAACAUGUAGAAACUGUACAGGAGGGAACUGUGAUAACAACCUUCUGCCUGACUUGCUGCAACAGGGGCUUCUCACUUCAGGGUACUUCAACGUCUUCUCCUCAGCGAAACCUGCAGGUAAAUGCAGCCACGGUGGAUCAUUUGACCUGACGAGCAGACAUGACCCAGUGGGAGGCAUUAGUAAGGAUGUUGUUGCGUCCAGUCAUGGCUCUCUUCACCACAAAGCAGCUGAUUUGGCUGUGAAUGCCACUAUGGAGCUACUGGAGGACAUCAGACUAGCUGUCGGAGACAAGAACUUCCUGCGAUUGAUGGGCCUCUCCCAGUCCUCUGUGCUGUGUUUUGUCAUUGACACCACAGGCAGUAUGAGCGAUGACAUAGCCGAGGCUAAGAGAGUUUCCUUCGCCAUCAUUGACAGUAAGAGGGGAACCCAGCAGGAGCCCUCUGCCUACAUCUUGGUACCCUUCAAUGACCCAGGUUUUGGACCUCUAAUUAUGACAACCAAUGCAGACAUCUUCAAAGACAACAUCAACAAGCUGUCUGCAAAUGGAGGAGGAGACAUCCCAGAGUUGUGCUUGUCUGGACUGCAGCUUGCAUUGACUGCUGCUCCACCCUCCUCUGAGAUCUUUGUCUUCACUGACGCUCCAGCUAAAGAUGCUUAUCUGAAAAGCACCAUCACAGCCCUUAUAGAGAGCUCAAAGUCUGUGGUUACUUUCAUGUUGACAGACGUCCUCGCUAGUCGACGGCGCCGCAGAAGUGCUGUGGGUGUGAGUUCACGUUCAAUGAGCCAAUCAGAUGCACAGCUGUACCGUGACAUAGCCCGAGCCUCUGGAGGUCAAGCCAUUGAGGUCUCCAAGUCAGACCUCUCUCUGGUUACAAGUGUAAUAGAGGAUUCAUCAGCCAGUGCUGUGGUGACAGUUUUUCAGGUUGUGACGAAUCCCGGACGGCCUGAUAAUUUCACGUUUACUGUUGAUGGCUCACUAAGGAACAUGACUGCCUACAUCACAGGAACAUCAUCGCUCACUUUUGAUCUCACCAGCUCAACAGGUGUAUCUCAGAGUUCGAGUCAGUCCAAUGGUCCUCUGGCAUCUUUCACCACAGCAGGAAACCUACGUCGUUUAAGCCUCAACAUUGACAAUCAAACCGGAUCUUGGGUAAUUAGAGUUUACUCUAAUAACCCUUACUCUGUAAAGGUCACAGGUCAAAGCUCAGUGAACUUCAUUUUUAAUCUUGUGGAAGCUCAUGAGGGAGCCCACGGGGACUUCAGUCUGAUGGAGGGACGUCCUCUGUCAGGUGGUAAUGCCAGCAUCUUGGUCUCUGUGACAGGAAGUGACACAGUAAAGGUCACAGAGGUCACUCUGUUUGACAGCUCAGGGCCAACAGAGGUCAACGGAUCACUGCAGUCGGUGGGAGGUGGUAACUUCCUGGUGACAUUCAGUGGAGUCCCGGCAGGUGACUUUGUGAUACGCCUAAAAGGAGAGGACAGCAGCUCCACCUCCAGGUCAACAGACAGUAGCUUCCAGAGACAAGCCUCCACACAUAUCAAGACAUCCAGCAUCUCUGUUACUGGCCAAGCCAACAACACCAACAUUGAACCAGGCUCCACCAUCUCCAUCCCUUUCACAGUCGCCACAACCACCAAUGGAGUUGUUAAUGACUCUGCAACCGGGACGUUCACAGUUCGAGCAAACAAUGACCGUAGCUAUACUUCAACUUCCCCCAGCACCGUUACCAUAGCGGCUGGCAGUGGAGGCAAAGCCAACGGCACCAUCACCUUAACAGUACCAGCCAGUGCUGCAUCAGGAACAGACGUGACCCUUACCAUUGAGGCAGAAAAUACAGCUGCCAACGACAUCAACUACACUGUCCUCAGGUUGUCUGUGGCUGCCAAGGUGACAGAUAUUACCCGCCCGGUGUGCCAGGUAGUCAGUUCAUCCACCAGCUGUCCAUCCUCUUCAUCGCUCUGUGCUUCCUCCAAGUGGGAAUUCAUCGCUAAUCUCACCGAUGGCAUAAAUGGAACUGGCAUUGAGACCGUCACCAUCCGCCAAGGGAAUGGUACCCUAAAUACCAGCACAGUGGCUGGAGCAGGGGGUGAAAACAUUACAGUAGCUACCUACAGCGCCUCCUGCUGUUCACAGAAUGUAGAGCUGGCUCUUGUAGACAUAGUAGGUAAUGUGGGGACAUGUGUUGGACAGGCUAGAGAAUCUACCACGGCUGCCCCUGUGACUACAGCUGCACUUAACACAACAUCCACUGGAGGACACACAGAGAGCAUAUCACACUAUCUCUGGAUCAGUGUUGUUGUUUCUCUCUUUUGGAAGUAAACGGGAUAAAUAGAAAUUAAACUGUUAAUGUGGAAUUAUAGCACAAGAAUCAAGUAUCCCCCUCAGAAAGCCUUUUAUAGCUUUUUUUUUAAUGCUCUUUUUUUAUGUGUUUGAAUUUCCACAGCUUGAAGAAAAUAUGAUUUUCUUUCAAUUUGAAUUAUACCAUUGUUACUGACAUCUCUUUAAAAACUAAUAUUAAUUUCUUCAUGUAAAAUAUAUAUUUUUAAUUCAAUCAUUUUAUUUUAAUUUGUUAUAACUGAAAAAAAUUGAAGAGUUACUUAAACAAUUUAUUUAUAAAGCCUUGGGUGUGUAGAUUUGCGGCAGCCAUCAUAGCUGAGUGAUGCUAAUGAAGAAGUGCCUGAAUCUGAAAUUACAGCAAUAGCUGCUAGAUGUCAGACGAAAUUCAACGGACUACACUCACAAGUUGUUAUUAGGGUUUCAGUAGAUUGUUACAUCAUUUCUUAUUUAAUCUUGAUGGCAAAUUUGAGUAUUUUUGUUGUAUGAAGGGGAUAUUCAGUUAAAGAGAAGUGUUUGUUGAUUGUGGUGAUCAAUAAACUUCUGUAAACUACG